GAGCAUAUAUUUAAGAGUCUGAUUAUAAACCUAUAAACCUUGUCGAGCAUUCAGCAAUGUCUCCAGACGUUGCCAGCAAACUUUUUCUACGCGCACUGGUCUCCACAUAUUUGUGUGAUUAUUUUUGGAACAUUUGUUGGGACCAGGUCGUUCAUAUUGAUUCUGUAAUUAAGGAAUCUAUGUACCUUGCUGCAAAAGAUAAUGAAAAUGGUGGAUACUUGAUGUUUCCAAUAAAAGCUGGUAAAUUUAAGAAGUCAUUCUCCCAUCCAUGGGACCUAUAUAGAGUGGUAUUCAAGGCGGGAUUCAACGAUGGAAUUCUGAGAAAAUGUGAAGCUCAAGUGUUAUGGAAAAGACCAACAAAAGAAAAGAAUGUAUUUCACAGACGUUGUGAUCCCCCAGUGAAAUCCGUGCAUUCAGGCAAACCUCGGCAUACAUUGCGAUCAGAAAUCGACAUAAGGUUGCUCAAAGCGUUCGUUAAAGAGAAGAAGAAUGGUCACACGAAGGAAAAACUUUUUCAAUACUGAUGCUUCUGUGCAAUUACACUUUUAAUUAUUCACAACGUUGCUAUUGUCAAUAUAUUCAUACGUUUGUGAUCCAGACACAAGUCACUUUGUAAUAAAUUAUACCAAAUAUAUAUAUUUACAUUUACGUUCUAGCAUGUUUGUAUAUAUAAACAUUAAUGUUUUAUCUUAAAAGAAUUAAAGUCGUGAAAAUAUAUGACAAAGAAACCUAAAAGUAAAUGUUGAACAAUCUUGGUCUAUUUUUUGUGGUAUGCAUUUGUUGGUAAAAAAGGAAUUUCAAAAUGAAGAAAUGAUACAUAUAUAUCAUGUUGUUACUUAACAUUGAAUGCAAUUAUGAAUGUCAUGAAACAACAAAUUAUGUUGAAAUAACACCAUUGAAAUAAAUGACACGCACUAGGUUGAUUUUGGUGUUAAUACUCAUUGUCAGGUAAAGACUCAUUCUUAAGUAAGACCCAUUCUUAAGUAAUUCUUUUCUUGCAAUUUCAAAAUAGAAAGAAAAAACCCCGCUGUUUUCGCAACAUUUGUUAUAUUAUUUCAUUGAAAUUGUGUGAUACACUUUUAUUUCCUUCUUUAUUUCAUAAAAAAAUAUAUACUCUGAUAUUAUUUCCGUAAUGAUACGAGACCAUAUCUCAAUUGCUAAUUCAACUUCUUCUAUUCAAAUGAUGCUUUCUUAUUAGUGCAGUUAACAAAACAUAUAAUCGGUCACUUAUAACUUGCAAAUAUUGAGUUCAGAAUAUACAUUCUUCAUAUGAUUCUAUCAUACAUGCUUUUAUUCUUUGAUAUAGACUACAAAAUAGACACCAUAUAGCAUGUUUGAGGUAUUUGUCAUUGCAUUAAAACUGUAAAGUUUUCAGUCCUUCUGUUGUUAUAUUGUGAAAACGUAGUAAUCAUAACAUCAUUUUGUAAUAAUGUAUAUGUUUCAAUGAAUCCCUCAAUAUAUAGAAUGUUUUAAAUGUAAGUUGAUUGCACAUCAAAAGCUGCUAGAAAAAAAUGCAUGUUUAUUUCUAUUGACUAAAUUUGUAUUUAAGAUGACAAUUGGAACUUACGACUCUUUAACAGUAAGCUUAGUGUUCCAGACAGUAAAUCUGAAACGAUUUGUGUUUGGAAAAAUACUGUAAUUAUUCAUUUUACUUGGAUCCAUCCGCAUGUUGUAAACGAAUACAGAAUGUUUCAUUAGACUUGCUCAGUUAAAUAAGAUGACUUAUUGUUACUUUUUGGCUUAUAAAGUAUGUAUAUGUAUUUCUAAUAAUAUCAUGAAAUGUUCUAUAACUUUUCAGAAGUGUUAGUAUGUUAUAACGUUUAGUGAGUUUAUUUAUUUUGAGAUAUUAUUAGAGGUGUUGUUACAAAGUGUAGAAACGUGUCCGAUGUGGUAUGUACACUCGAGACACUGCGUGUGGUCGCGAUCUACAUUUAUGUAAAUGUAUAUUUAAAUAUCAAUUGUGCACUCCUUAGCUUCCGUAUACGUACUAGAAGUACGUGUACUUAUAACGUACAUAUUGUCUUCGUGCGAGAUUUUAAUUAAGUAGUCGGCAGAUGUUAUGUAAAAAGAAGUUAUCAUCAUUUAUGUUGUCAUUGCCUGGUAUAGUAUGAAGGACAAAAUAAUUUUGCAAAGUUUUCUAAUUGCAGUGUAAAUCCUAACGUUGUGACUAUAUAGCUGUCUAGUUAAACCUAUUCUGUAAGUGAUUUGCUUUAAUUAGUAAGGGAUUAAAUUGUUUUCCUUUUGUGAGUGAGUAGAUGCAAUGAUAAUGCUAUGCAAUAGUAUUAGGAAAUAGUUUCCAAAAUAAAAUCUAUAUUGUAUUGAAAUAUUUAAGACAUCUUAAAAUGUCAAACACUUAUUGAACACUUUUACAAUAUUGGGACGUCAUGAUUUUGUGUAUGACGUUGUUCAAUACGCGUGACGUUACCUGGGUAAAACUAGUAUAAUUUGAUAAAACCUCUUUAAUACAGAUGAAAUAAAAAGUAUCUUUGUUUAAAUGAAAAGUCAAAAUAUCUUUCACGCGUCAACCACAGACUAAAUUUUCACCCGUGGCUGAACCACUCUUGAAAUUAUCGUAUCUGAUAUUCAUUCGUCAAAAAUAUGUCGACACAGAAACAAACAAAUAUUUCCUUUUCAUAAGACUAUUACCAUUUGUGUUUGACACCUUUAUUGACAAAUUGUUGUUUCUUCAGUAUACUUUACUGCCAAAUUAAUUGUGCAUGAAGUAACAAAAGUUGAUACAAACAUAAUCAUAUUUAAUUGACAGUAGAUCUAUUAUCUUGAUCCUUAAUAUUUGUCAGACAUUGCUUCAGUUAAUAAUGAGUAGUAUUUCAGCAAAGUAAAUUUUUAAUGUCUACAGUUAACUUUGCGAUUAUUUCUGUCACAUUUUUUGUUCCAAAUGACGACAAAGUCUGUGUAAAAAAUGAAAAUGGUGGAUACCUAAUGUUUCAAAUAAAAGCUGGUAAAUUCUUCUAAAGGUAAGUUUGCAAGAUAAUGUACAUGUAAGUGUAGGUCGGGAUAUUUGAACAACUGAAUACCAUUUCAGCCAAACAUAAAAAGCGUAAGAGGUGUUGCGUGUUUCAUCAAAUCAAUUCUCAUAAACAGAUUAAAUAGAACCGAGGAACUAUGUUAUAAUUCACUUUGGGUCGCACCAUUCUUUGCUUCCAAAAGACUUUAUUAUAUUUUUUCAGUUUGAAUGUGGUGUGAAAGAUAUAAAAUCCUGAUUUUCAACUAUGAUUUCUUUUUUUUCUAAAUCAUAGCCUAUUUGCCAUGUUCUCUUCAAAUUAAUGUUUGUUAACAUUUGAGGAGAAUAAUGUGUGUAAUAUUUUGUCAGUUUUAAAGGGAAUAUCUGCCGCGUUCGAGGACAGAAACUCCCAACUUAAAACAUACUAGUAGUUGUAGGUGAGGAGCGUAUUAUCCAGCUAGACUGGAACGUGGCUGUACCGACCAACCGCAAAGCUCCCCGAAAACCAGGUAUAUCUACCUCCACCUGUAACCAUUAAACCUUUUGCAAUCUGUAUUUUACACACGAAAGAUGAAAGAAAAUACAGUGAAUGAUUUUCUUUUAAGCACUUUUUAUAGAGUACGAAUGUACAUAUUUAUUUAUAGUAAAAGUGCGGUGGAAAGCGUACUAAGUAAUUAUUGGGUAUGUUUUAGUCACCCCUUUUGACUAAUCUUACAACAACACAAAAUAUAUUUCGUACCAAAAUCAUAAAAUAACUUUGUAUUGAGCGGCAAUAUUUGACAUAAAAACCAAAUUUAUUAUUUAUACAUUCAAUUUUACAAAUCUAUUUCAUCUUUCGCCAGGGAAAAACAGCUAUGUUCUUCCGAAUUUGCCUUUUUAAAGUAAUAAAAUACUUUAAAUUAAAUUUAAUACAACUAGAGUUUAAAAAAUUGUACACAACAUUUAAAUUAUUGUUAUCAUUUUUAUCGCUGUUUUCUAAACCACAUGAGUUUCCCUCACAUAUUCACGGUGCGUAAUUAAUAUUACUUUUGUGUACAAGAACAUUAUGCUUUCGCAGUUAUCUUAUACUUACAUGUGCCACUAACUACUUAGAACUAUUUAGG